GAUCAAAGGAAUCUUGUUUUGCGGCGUGUUGUACGGAUUUUAGCGUUAAUUGGCUUUUAAGUUUGUGUGAUUUGCUCGCAAAUACAAACCGGAUCUCGCCUGUUACGAGCUACAUGUUUCUCUGUGAUCGAUUGGGAGUGACUCGGCAGAGAUGUGAAACUCCCAUUGAUUGAUCUCCACUACACUCCCCGCUGACCGGAGAAAACACUCGACAGCGAAUACGAGAGGGGAUUUAAAUUGGACAAAUAUUGUCCAGCUUACUUGACGCAUAAGGUAGCUAUCGUUUUCGCUCAUGCGGUAUGAGCUAAUCCGCUAGUAGCACUAGUUAACUAGUAGUCUAACAUCGAUACAAAGCGACGUUUGCUAGCUGGUAAUGUCGGCACUGUUGGACUUGUUUUCCCUGCCAGAUCCUGCUUCCUGUUAGCCUUGGGCUAGCUGGAAAAAUCAGAAAUUAUGCUAAUGAACGAGCAGGUAUAGUUAGCCAACGCAAAGGGGUGUAACUUAACUACGUAGAGUGGGCUACCUGUUGCAGUUUAUUUGUAUUUUUUUUCACGAACUUAUGCUAAUAACUUUGUUUCACAGCCAGCUAUCAGGGCAGCUGGUUUCUUUUAGUUUGCUAACGCUCGGUAGCUAGCCAUCUUGCUUGUGUUGAGGGAUUUAAGUAUUUAACUUGGCCAGCUCUCUGGUGCCGAUAUUCACCUCAGUUAGUUGCAAUUUCCUAUUAAUAUAUUCGUCGGUAAUGAGCUCACUUGUUUGGGACCUAAUUGCUUUAUAUUAAUGCUUAUAAAAAUACUUUAUUUCACUGUGUCAAAGCCAGUCAGAGCUCCGCUGUGAAAAGACAAAAGAGAGCCGGAGACUGUUGUUGUGGUAACGACGUUAACCAGAGAUAACGAGCUUAGAAAAAAUAGUAUUUCAUCACAGUUUUGUUAUACUACAUGCUUAUAUAAGUAGAAUAUUUUUGAUUUACUUGUGGGCGUUGAAAAGUGGUGAAAUAAUUAAGGGGGAGACGAAGAGUGGAUGGUGCUUGUGCGACAUAAGCUUCCCUGAGCUGCUUCCAGGUAUCUCAUCUCAUUUUAAAACACCAGCUUUAGAUGCAUUAGAAAACACUCAUCCGGCCGUCAUCAAAGGUAACUAGCUGGGUAGAGAGACGCGGACUGAAAAGGGAGGUUCCUGCCCGUUUCUGAGCGUCCAUCUCUCCAGCCUGCCUUCAUCACGUCCAUCCAGCACCGCCCUCCUCCUCUCCAGCCAUGGACCCCCCGAGGACUCGGUCGCGGUCUCGGUCUGGCUUCUAUCAUUUCGGCAUGAACAGCAGCGUUGGAGGCAACAGCAGUGGUAACGCAGUCGGUAACGGGAGCAUGAUGAACGCCAGCGGAGGAGGGGUGAACUACACGCAGCAGAGCAACGCCGGCUGGGCGCCGCACCACGGUGGCCGCAGCUACCCGGAGAGCCAGCAGCAGCAGCACACCCAGGGGAGCUACCUGUCCGCAGGGGCGCAGCGCCACUCUUCGCACGGAGCUCACAGACACCCCGGGGCCGGAGGAGUGCUACAUUUUCAUCCAGAUAACGUGUGCAGCGAGGAUCGGGACAAAAUGGAAGACAGCCCAAGCCCGAAAAGGCAGCGUCUUUCCCAGCAGUCCAUGUUGGAUCUAAACUCCGCCCCUCCUUCUACCCCUUCCUCUCCCAUUCGCCCCUGGGAGCUCCCUCCCAGUCGUAGACCACACCCCCAUUACAUGCCAGAGAGAUGCCACACGCCUGUUCGCAACCGUCGCAGCCCUCCAAUGAGACGCCAGCGUGGCCGGAGAGACCGUCUGACCCGCCACCACCACCACGCACACAACAACCACCACCAUUACAACGGCAACAACAACCACCAUCACCACCCAAACGCCCACCAUCACCACCACCACCACCUGCACUCCCAUCACGGCCCGUCGCCAGGCCACCAGGAUGAGAACUAUCGUCACCUGGCUCCCCCUCAGGGCUACCCACCCUACAGCCAGCAGCCUCCCAGAGGGCCAGGGCCCGGGCCUGAAGAGCGCCCGGGUUACCAUCCCCCAAACCCCUCUCCAAGGCCCCUUCAUCAGUCACCAAACCUGUCUCCCAGGCUGCUGCAUCCUGCGGCACAUCCACAGCACCCUCACCCCCACCCCCACCCAUCCCAGCAGCAGAGCAAUGUGGUGCUGGACCUCCAUGAGCAGGGUUCAGCUCCAGUAUCGUAUCCUGUGUCUCCUCCUGGAGCUCCACCCGGCCUGCCGCCUCGCUCUGCCCCGCAACAGAUCCCAGCAUGCUCGGUGGUCUUCAGCGGACAACACUAUCCCGUCUGCAGCGUACCUCCUCCUGUCCUUCAGACUUGCUCUGUGCAGCACUUACCCAUGCCCUACCCAUUCCCAUCUCUGCUGUCCAGUGACCCGGCCUUCCUGCUUCCCCCUCCUCACCUCCCCCAUCCUCCCACACACCUUUCCCACCACCCACCUCACCUGCCCCAGGCUGGACAGUUUGGACCGUACCCGACACAGCAGGCCCGAUCACCGUUACAGAGGAUAGAGAAUGACGUGGAGCUGCUCGGAGAGCACCUGUCUUUGGGUGCGGGGCUCCACUAUCCCCCUGCCACCCACCCGGCCCUCACCCCACACUCCACACAGCUUCACUUCCUCUCCCAUGAUCCCCUGCCGCAGGAGUUCUUCGGAGUGUCUUAUCCAAACUUCAUUCCUCGACGUCUCCCGGGGCGACGGUACCGCUCGCAACAGCCACUGCCACCUUCGCCUUACCACCCUAGCCUCCUGCCUUACUUCCUCUCAAUGCUGCCAGUCCAGCCCACAGGUCCUGCGAUCAGUCUAGAGCUGGAUGUUGAUGAUGGAGAAGUGGAAAAUUAUGAGGCCCUCCUGAACCUCGCUGAGCGUCUGGGAGAGGCCAAACUCCGAGGACUGACCAAGGGAGACAUCGAACAGCUUCCCUCCUAUCGGUUCAAUCCUAAUAACCAUCAGUCUGAACAAACACUGUGUGUGGUGUGUAUGAGUGAUUUUGAAUCCCGCCAACUGCUGCGAGUUUUGCCCUGCAGCCAUGAGUUCCACGGGAAGUGUGUCGACAAGUGGCUGAGGGCCAACAGGACGUGUCCCAUUUGUCGGGCCGACGCCUCCGAGGUCCAGAGAGACUCAGAGUGAUCACAUGACAGAGCCAGACACUCCCGAUUGUCUGUCGAACACGUUCAGCACUGCCUGCUCCUGAUCUAAACAUACACAUGCACGUGUUUGUACACACACACAUUCACACACUGUUUCCUUACCCUUUUGUGUAACACUUUCUGCUCCUUCAUCCUUCCUGUUUUUAAGUUGUGUCUAUCCUCUCUCCUUUUUGCUUCUUGAGUCGUUUUCCCUCCCUUUCUCACAUGCAUGCAGGCUCUCACCUCUUUCAGUGAAUGACCUGCCUGACCCACCAUUUUGAAUUCUGUGUGUCUGUGUGUGUGUCUACACGUGCAUGCACCACAACUGUGCAAAUGUUGUUUAGUCAGCCCUAAAUUGGGCUGACCAAACAACGUCAGCCCUUACAUGAUAGUGUGUGUUUUCAGUAUGUGUGUGAGUGAGUGUGUGCGUGUGUGUGUGUGUGUGUGUGUGUGUGUGUGAGAGUGAGAGUGAGAGUGAGAGAUUUUUAGACGUCCUGGAGCAUGCCUGAGUGUCUGUUGUGUAUCAGACAAGAGUAAUGACAUCUGAGACUUUUUGCUCUCAUGAGUGACUGACUUUACUUCCUGUUUGUACGUUUAUGCACUGUCUGUCUGUAUGCAUACUAUGUGUGUAUGUAUGUUAUAGACUUUAAGCCUUUUCUCUAGUUUGACACUAAGGGUCCAUGCUGCCACUAUACUUCUCGGUUGCCUAUUUGAUCCGCUUGUUUCAGUAGAUUAUUAUUAUUAUUAUUAUUAUUAUUAUUAUUAUUAUUAUUAUUAUUAUUAUUAUUAUUAUUAUUACUCGACCAUUUUAAGUGAUUGUUUUCCUGCCUGGCAGUUACCUCAUCAUUCCGGUUUUGGUCAUCAUUCAUUACAAGCGCUUCACAGCACUACUUUGAAAUUAAGCACAUUAUAUAUAUUUUCUUUUCCUUUCUUUUCUUAGCAAAAAUAAGUUUGUCUGUGACUUUGCAGUGGCACAUGUGAGAUAUAUAUAUAUAUAUAUAUCUAUAUAUAUAUCUAUAUAUACUGUAUAAAUCUAUGAAUAUCUGUAUACCAAAUAAAAGGCUUGAUAUGAA